GACUAACCUCAAAGAGUAGGAAAAGGAACAGCAGCCCUAGUGAGAGAAUCUCCUCCAUCCAAAAUCUACACAGACGAGAUGUCUCGAAGAGAUGACGACCGAGGUUACUCUGAAUCUAGACGCCAUCAAUCCAAACCCGAACGUGAUUCCAGUCCCAAGAGAUCGAAAAGAGAUGUCAAAAUAGCAACUGAAGAUUCAGACCGAGACCAAAAGCACCAUCGACGGUUACAAGAUGCAUUGCCCCUUGAUGACCCAAAGUACCCGGAUUCUAAGUUGGAAUCUGGAGCUGGGAACAAAAAACCUAACAAGAAGGAUGAUGGACAACAUAAAGAAGGUCCGACUAAGCAUUCUUCGGAUCGUUCUGACUUGAAGUCAUAUUCUCAGCACGACGAGCACCGUGGUAAUUCUGGGCGCGACAGAGCUUCAAAGGAUGAUGGAAGGUGGAAGGAUUCUUCAAGGAGGGGAAAGCUUGACGACAGGAAACCAAACAACCGAGUUUCAGUUUCAACAUAUGACUCGAAACUAGGAAACAGUGAUAGAUCAAGACAUAGGAGUGACAAAACCGAUCAACCACCAUUAAAGAAAAGAACUUUUACAGAGAGGAAGGUUUCGCCAACUGCCAAUGAAAAUGGCGGUAAAGAAGUUGUUGGUCAGAGGAAUGAGAGGGAAAGGCGGGAUGAUAAGAAGAAUGGGGGUUUUCAGUCUAGAGGUUGGUUUGGUGGCGGUGAAAACAGUUAUUAUAAUAGGGGAAGGGAUAAUAGUCGACAAGGUGGUAGUGGCGGCGGUGGUUAUAGGGGGAAUGGGGUUCGAGCGGUUGAGAAAUGGAAACAUGAUCUUUUUGAUGAGGCUAAUCGGAGUCCUAGCCCGAAGAAGGAUGAAGAUAUGACGGCUAAGAUUGAAUCACUCUUGGCGUCUUAACGAUUUUGACUUCCUGAUCGGCGAUCGGCCACCACGAAAUCCGAUUGAAUGCGGUGGUGCGAUGAGUCAUCCGAGGAAUCUCUGGCCGGCGCCAUUAACCGGUGGUAGCUACGGUUGGAUCCUUCAGAGAAGAAUUGGUAAGUAUGAUGUGGCUUAGAUUUCUUCCACGCGUUUAUAAGAAUCGGAAUCAGACCUUCCAUAUUGCUCUUUA